ACGAGGCUGGGCAUGUGCCUGGUCUCAGUGUCUAAGGAGUGUCACACACCUGGAGGUGUCACUCUGAGGACCUCUGCUCCCACUGGAGCAUCUUAAUCUCUUUAGAAGCUGACCGCUGACCGCAGGCGGCGGCUGGAGACCAGGGACCCCCACCCCCGCCCUGGGCCCAGAGUCCCCCAUUGGUGAGCCUUGGCUCUGCUUAUAGCAUCUGACGCCAGAGGGGCUGAAAAUAGCCCCUGGAGGAGGUGGAGGAGGGGGCUAUUUAAAGGGCAUGGGAGGAGCAGAGCUGAGCGAGUGAGCACUGAUCAUGGCCACAGCAGAGCUGAGCUGCCAGGUGUCCGAGGAAGACCGAGAGCGGCGAGAAGCCUUCUGGGCCGAAUGGAAGGAUCUAACACUGUCCACGCGGCCUGAGGAGGGUUGCUCUCUGCACGAGGAGGAUGCCCAGCGGCACGAGACCUACCACCGGCAGGGCCAGUGCCAGGCGCUGGUGCAGCGCUCCCCCUGGUUGGUGAUGCGUAUGGGCAUCCUCGGCUGUGGGCUCCAGGAGUACCUGCUGCCCUACCAGCGGGUGCUACCACUGCCCAUCUUCACCCCUGCCAAGAUGGGUGCCACCAAGGAGGAGCGCGAGGACACCCCCAUCCAGCUGCAGGAGCUGCUGGCCCUGGAGACAGCCCUGGGUGGCCAGUGUAUGGAGCGCCAGGACAUGGCCGAGAUCACCAAGCAGCUGCCCCCGGUGGUGCCUGUCAGCAAGCCCGGUGCCCUGCGUCGCUCCCUGUCCCGCUCCAUGUCCCAGGAAGCACAGCGAGGCUGAGGGGGCGGUGACUCGGGCUCUACCGUGCCUGCCGUGGGCUGGGCCCUUCCUGGCUAGGACCAUGGAGGGGAGCUGCUGGCCAUGGAUGCUUUGUAGUUUGCCCAGAGUUGGGGGCUAGGGGAGGAGGGAGCCAGAGGCCAGGAUGCCUGGGUCCCCUGAGUUCCCAAAGGGAGGGAAGCAAAGACAGUGGGCACUAAGGAUAGAGAGCUGGGGGCCAGCACAGCCAAGCACCCCCAGCCCCAGGAGAAGGGACAAAAGAUGCUGGUGAGGACAGAGGUCCCUGAGGGGAGUGACCCUGGUCCAGUCUCCAGUUUCAGAGAAAGAUGAGGAAAAGGGGAUCUGGAAUGCUCUAGGAAGGAGGCUUGAAGGAGACCAGAGUGAGGGGGACGUGAAGAGGGCAGAGGCAGAGUGGAGCCCCCAGCAUCCUCUGUUAGCGCUGCAAUAAAUGCUCAAUCGUGUUCCAGA